AUGAGUCAGGGUGUUGUUGACACAUAUGGGGUAAAGAAGUGGUCGGUGGGGCCGAGAAUAACUCCACCAGAGGUAGCUGAAACGGCUGAAAAGGUGAUUCACCACAACAGCGAGCCGAAGCAGCAACUACUGCCAUUCUUCAGUCUUUGCCCGGCGGUAGGGUCUAUGCGAGUCGCCAAGGUUGCUGUUACUGUUGACGUUGACAACAGAGUCUGCACCGACGUCGACGUCACUGCCACCGAGGUCUUCGCGAUCGUCAUCGACGAUGCCAUCGGGAUCUGCAUCAUCGUCGUCGUCGUUACUGCCACCGAGGUCUUCGCAAUCGUCAUAGACGAUGCCAUCGGGAUCUGCAUCAUCGUCGUCGUCGUUACUGCCACCGAGGUCUUCGCGAUCGUCAUCGACGAUGCCAUCGGAAUCUGCAUCAUCGUCGUCGUCGUUACUGCCAUCAUCAUCGUCGUCGUUACUGCCACCGAGGUCUUCGCGAUCGUCAUCGACGAUGCCAUCGGGAUCUGCAUCAUCAUCGUCGUCGUUACUGCCACCGAGGUCUUCGCGAUCGUCAUCGACGAUGCCAUCGGGAUCUGCAUCAUCGUCGUCGUCGUUACUGCCGUCAGGGUGCUCGAUGUCGGUUGUACACUUUCCAUCGACUUAUGCGUAUUUGCUGGUGUCGUCAUCAGGAUCUGCGUCACCGAUUGGAUAUUAACUGAGAACGUGGAUUCCGAAAAACAAUUUCCAAGAGUGGCGGAGAAGGACUGUGAACAGGAGCCUGCAGAGUGGCGGAGGAGGUCUGUGAACAGGCACCUGCAGAGUUACGGAGGAGGUCUGUGA